GAGGAGGAGGAAGAGGGCGGCUCUGGCCAAGAUGGCGGCGGCGGCGGCGGCGGCCACAAGAACGCUCUCGGCGGCGGGGGCCACGGCCGGCUCCCCCCCCAGCCCGGAGCCCGGCUCGGCCCCGGAAGAGGAGCUCCCCGCGCUGGAGCCGGCCGAGAUCCGGAGCCGCCUGGAGAGGAGCGCGCGGCAGUUCCGCAACCGGCGCAAAGUCCUCAUCCGGGGGCUUCCCGCCGACGUCGCCAACCAGGAAGUCCAUGACCUACUCAGGGACUACGAGCUGAAGUACUGUUUUGUGGACAAAUACAAGGGGACCGCCUUCGUCACUUUGCUGAACGGGGAACAGGCCGAAUCGGCCAUCCAGAAAUUCCACCUGAGCCGGCUUCGAGACAAGGAGAUCACGGUGCAGCUGCAGCCGACGGACGCCCUCCUGUGCAUCGCCAACCUGCCCCAGCUUUACACGCAGCAGCAGUUUGAGGACCUGGUCCGGCCCUUUGGGAAUCUGGAGCGCUGCUUCCUGGUCUACAGUGAGAAAACGGGACACUCCAAAGGCUACGGCUUUGUGGAGUACAUGAAAAAGGAUUCGGCGGCCAGGGCGAAAUCCGACUUGCUGGGCAAACAGCUGGGGACACGAACCCUCUACGUUCACUGGACAGACGUCAACCAGCUGACCCUGGACCUCCUUCAUUCCAAGUGCUUGUGUGUAGACAAACUGCCCCACAAUUACAACGACGUCGAAGAGCUGAGGCAGGCCUUCUCGGCCCUUUGCCCUGCGGCGUUCUGUCAGCUGGCUUGCGGUCAGGACGGGCAGCUGAAGGGCUUUGCUAUCCUGGAAUACCAGUCGGCAGAGAUCGCGGAGGCCGUUCAGGAGGCCACCAAUGGCAUGCCGCUUGCCGGGAACCACAUCCGAGUCUCCUUCUGCGCUCCAGGCCCUCCUGGGCGAAGCAUGCUUGCAGCUCUGAUAGCUGCCCAGGCUACGGCGCUGAAUCGGGGGAAAGGGCUUCUUCCUGAGCCAAACCUUCUUCAGAUUUUGAACAGCUUGGGGAACUCGACGUCCCUACAGCUCCUGCUGAGCCCCCUUCUGCAUGGAGCCGUGGGAGGAAAGCAAGGAAUCCUGGGCGCUCCUCCUUCGGUGCCUCUGCUGGCCAACCCGGCUCUCUCUACGGCUCUUCUUCAGCUGGCGCUCCAGAACCAGAGCCAAGCGCAGCAGAAGGCUUUGCUUGGGAACUUGCUCUUAAUGCAAAACCAGGUCUGGACGCAGCUCCUGCAGAACAAGGAAAACCAGGCUAUAUUCCAUAAGCCGGGGAUCUUGGGAGAGUCUCCGCUGGGCUCCUUUCAGCACGGUGCUCUGGGGCUGCCAAACACCCCGGGCUCUCAGGCGGGAAACCAGCUGCUCGGUGAGAUGCCUCCCGGUGGCUCUUUACCUGCCGAUAUGGCCCCCGGGCCCGUGAAGUCACCAAUCUUAGCUCCCGGGAACCUGCCUCUGCCUUCUUUUCUGGGGCCCAUGGGAAUGGAGAGGGAGAACUCCGUCAUGGGAGCACAGUCCCCCCAGCUGACGACUCCUGGCCUGCAAGGUCUUACCACCUCCAUCUUGGGAUCUGUGAUCAGCGGGCUUCAGAAACCAAAGCAAACGGACAGUGGGCCUCCUUCAUCUGGGGUAAGUGUCUGCCUCGAGAGGCCCACUUCCCAGGACUUCAAGAUUCCACUCAAUCCAUACUUAAAUCUGCACAGCCUGCUCCCAGCGAGCAAACUUGGAGGCGGGGCCAGCAAAGCGUUCAGCCUGAAGGCAGGUGUGCUUGGAAAUGCCUCCAAUCCUCGAAUUCCACAGGCCUCCAUGCCUGACUCCGUGCUUCCCUCUUCUGGGCUGGCAGGGGACAGUUGCACAUUCGACUACCAGCCAGUCUCACCAGCGCCUAGCUUUGAGCGGAACAGCCUGGGGGCUCCUCUGCCCCCCUUCUAUUCAGGAUCCCCAACUUCCUACUUCACCAGCGGCCUUCAAGCGGGGCUCCGGCAGAGUCAUCUGAACAAAGCAGUUGGGAUGCCCCCCGUGGGCCCCGGAGACGCUCUGCUGGGACUUGGACCAAGCAGUCACUCACAUGGCACCCACUCAAAGGUGAGAUGCUAGGGGACCCCGCCCUUUAAAUAAUCCGUGGGUACCUUUGGAAUGGGGAGUUGGUCACAGCCACAAAAUGGCUCUUGCAGGAGGCAAAGCACACCACAGAACGGCUGCCAAAUCUUAUCCUCAGUUGUACAGUGAAGUUAUAUAUGGUGGCAGCUGCUGCCCAAAGCCAUGUUUUUAAAAAUCUGCACAGCCGAUCAAGUCUUCGGGACGGCAUCUCCCCACAUUGCCCACGGAGGGCCCUUCGUUCCUCCAGUGGCGAUGUCCUGGUGGCCCCGGGCCACAAGGACCUUUGACUGGCCUCAACUACACCCAGGAGGUUUUGGGCCCUGGCUCCCGCCGGGUGGAACUCGUUACCAGCGGACAUCAAGGCUCUGUGGGAUCUUAAUCGAUUCCACAGGGCCUGUAAGACGGAAAUCUACCGCUGGACUUCUGGCCAAGGCUGCUGUAGAUCUGCCACAUCACGCUGGCCCCGAGUCUUGUAUCCUCCCCGCCCCGACAGCAGGGAUCAUACAAACGGGGCGGAGUUGAUCAUUAUAAUAUGGGCUGUCUGAGAGUCCUUUGAUGUUUUAGUUGCCAUCUGUGAAUGCUUUUAAUGUUUGCAUUAUUUAUUUGUUAAAUGGAGGGACUCUUUAGUUUGGAGAGGAGACAGCUGAGGGGGGAUA